GAAGCUCUUUUCUUCUUGUUCUGGCCUGGAGAGGGCUCUUAUCGAGCUGAGUACGCCUCAAAACCCUAAAAACUGCUAAGCUGUGAAAUUUUGCUGCUGCAUUUCGCUCAACUCAUCUGUUGAUUUUUCCUCCGGUCAUCUCAAAGCAUUAAGAUGAGGCCUCUAGACGAGACCGAAACAGAUGCUGUUUUCAGAAAGCUGUACUCUUUCACUGGCCACAAUCUCAAGAACAUCGUCGAGAACCCUUCACAUGAAGGACCUGACCCCAACCCUGGUCGAUAUUGCUUCAGGCUCCACAAGAACAAGGUCUACUAUGUCAGUGAGUCCUUGGUGAAGCGAGCAACCAACAUAAGCCGUAAGAAUUUGGCCUCACUUGGUACUUGCAUAGGCAAAUUCACCCAUGGAGGCAACUUUCACCUGACUAUUCAGGCCUUGAAUCUAUUGGCUGCGAAUGCCAAACACAAAGUUUGGCUAAAACCCACAUCGGAAAUGUCGUUUCUCUAUGGGAAUCAUGUGUUAAAAGGUGGAUUGGGGAGGAUUACUGACAGCAUUUCGAAAAAUGAUGGGGUUGUGGUUUUCUCUAUGUCUGAUGUGCCUUUGGGGUUUGGUUCCGCAGCGAGAUCGACCCAGGAUUGCAGGAAGUUGGAUCCUAAUGGAAUAGUGGUGCAUCACCAGGCGGAUAUCGGAGAAUAUUUGAGGAUGGAGGAUGAACUUUGAUGGAAUUGAGGUUCUUUCUGGGGUUUUAGGAGAGUUCUUGGGAUGUGGGGUUCUGUGUCUGGUAUAGACAUGCUAGUUAAUGCAAUUUUUGUAUUAUCUAAUUUUGAGUAAUAUGAGGUUGUUAUAGUUUUCUGGAAAUUUAAUGAACUGGGUUUCAUGUAUUUGUUCGUCAAUGUGGUUUAAUGUUAAUUUCAUCAAGCAUGUAGUUAUUUGCUCAA